AUGAGCAAGCCAAUCAACGUUUAUAGCACGCCCGAUUUACGCCAAACGCUAGAUGAGGCUCUUCCUGCGGUGUUCCAAAGACUUGGAUUCACGCAAUCUUUCGGCCUGAUCGACACCAAGUUGAUUUUGGGCUAUUCUAUAGCAGUCGUGGCAGGUAUUUCGUUUCUUUUGGAUAAGAAACUCAAAUUUGAAGAAAGCCUGAUGUACCAAAAAAUACUGGUCGCAAGCUAUGCCAUUUUGUCCGGAGCGUUCUGGUGGUUUUGCAAAUAUGUGGAAAAGGGCAUCAAAUAUUCGGGUAUCUCUAAAGACCGUAAAGUCCUGGUGGAAACGAAAAUGGCCAAGUAUGAUGUCAAUUACCAGGUUGUGAUACGGGACAAUCAUAACCGAUCAGUCGAAAGUGUUUUGCUCGCAAACACUGUGUUCAAUGAAGCAGGAUAUUUGCAAUCGGACAAACUUUUCGCGUGGUUCGAGCAGCAACUUGAUUCGCUAGCCAAAAAAGCCAAAUAA